GUCCAGCCGCUGGUGCGCGCUCCGGAGCGGUUCGGCGUCCUCGGAGCGAGCGAGCGAGCGAGCGGUUCGGUCGUGCCAUUCGCUCAGGCACCUCCCGGGCCCGGUGCGCGUGCGUGAGCGCGCCUGCGCCUCGGGGCUGCUUUUUGCAAGCUCCGGGAGGAAAGCAGAGCGGCCAGGUGAGGAUGACCCCCUUCCCCCCCAGAAAUUACUCAAUGCUGAAACCUUUCAAAGUGAUAUUAGAGACGUUGGAAGCACCAUGGAUGGGUUUUAUGACCAGCAAGUCCCUUUUAUGGUCCCAGGGAAAUCUCGAGCCGAGGAAUGUCGAGGGCGGCCUGUGAUUGACAGAAAGAGGAAGUUUUUGGACACAGAUCUGGCUCAUGAUUCCGAAGAGUUGUUUCAGGAUCUCAGUCAACUUCAAGAGGCUUGGUUAGCUGAAGCACAAGUUCCUGAUGAUGAACAGUUUGUCCCAGAUUUUCAGUCUGAUAACUUGGUGCUUCAUGCCCCACCUCCAACCAAGAUCAAACGGGAGCUGCACAGCCCCUCUUCUGAGCUGUCAUCCUGCAGCCAUGAGCAAGCUCUUGGUGCUACCUAUGGAGAAAAGUGCCUCUACAACUAUUGUGCCUAUGAUAGGAAGCCUCCCUCUGGGUUCAAGCCAUUAACCCCACCCACCACCCCUCUGUCUCCCACCCAUCAGAACUCCUUAUUUCCCCCACCUCCCACAACUCUGCCCACCUCAGCACACGCCCCUGCAGCUGGCCCAGGCCAAGGUGUGGGCCCGGCCCCCACUGCUCAUUCGCUUCCAGAACCUGGACCACAGCAGCAAACCUUCGCAGUCCCUCGGCCACCACAUCAGCCCCUGCAGAUGCCAAAGAUGUUGCCUGAAAACCAGUAUCCAACAGAACAGAGAUUUCAAAGACAGUUGUCUGAACCCUGCCACCCCUUCCCUCCUCAGUCUGGAGUUCCUGGAGAUAACCGUCCCAAUUACCACCGGCAAAUGUCAGAGCCCAUUGUCCCUGCAGCUCCCCCACCCCCUCAGGGAUUCAAACAAGAGUAUCAUGACCCACUUUAUGAACAUGGGGUCCCAGGCAUGCCUGGCCCCCCAGCACAUGGAUUCCAGUCACCAAUGGGAAUCAAGCAGGAGCCCCGAGACUACUGCGUUGAUUCAGAAGUGCCUAACUGCCAGUCGUCCUACAUAAGAGGGGGCUAUUUCUCCAACAGCCAUGAAGGUUUUUCCUAUGAAAAAGAUCCCCGGUUGUAUUUCGAUGACGCCUGUGUUGUUCCUGAGAGACUGGAGGGCAAAGUCAAACAGGAGCCAACGAUGUAUCGCGAGGGCCCCCCAUACCAGAGGAGAGGUUCUCUUCAGCUGUGGCAGUUCCUGGUUACCCUUCUGGAUGACCCAGCCAAUGCCCACUUCAUUGCCUGGACAGGCCGAGGCAUGGAGUUCAAGCUGAUAGAACCAGAGGAGGUUGCUCGCCGCUGGGGCAUCCAGAAGAACCGGCCUGCCAUGAACUAUGACAAGCUCAGCCGCUCUCUCCGCUAUUACUAUGAAAAGGGCAUCAUGCAGAAGGUGGCUGGGGAGCGAUAUGUCUACAAAUUUGUUUGUGACCCAGAUGCCCUUUUCUCCAUGGCCUUUCCUGACAAUCAGCGUCCGUUCCUGAAGGCAGAGUCUGAGUGUCACCUCAGUGAGGAGGAGACUCUGCCACUGACCCACUUCGAAGACAAUCCCGCUUACCUCCUGGACAUGGAUCGCUGUGGCAGCCUCCCCUAUGCCGAGGGCUUUGCUUACUAAGUUUCUGAGUGGCCAAGCAGCCAAACCCUAGAGCUAGCAGUUCCCAUUCAGGCAAAUGAGGGCAGUGGUUUUGUUCGUGUUUUUGGCUGUUCCUAACGCUUGCCCUUUGAGUACGAGGUGGAGAGCCCAAGCUGUCUCUGGAGUGGCGCUGGUACCGACAGACCUUGGCUGGGGAGUGGGAACAGGGAGGGGCUUAAACUACCCCAGAGGCUCAGUUCUGAUCCUGACAAGGUUUCUGGGAGGUGAUUUAAACCGGACCUCCUUCCCAAGGACAAUAUAUGCAAAGCAAUACCUUGUUCAAGGUAGUCCCCACCCACAGGCAAAGAGUGCAUGACAAUCUGCUUUUGAUCAUGGACUACUAAAUGCCUUUACAUAGAAGGGCUCGGAUUUUGCACAAUUGAGGAAAAGAUCCCAAACCUUUCCCCCCACUUGUAUGUAGAUAGACUAAGUAGUCUAGGUCCAAAUCAUGAAGGGUUAAAGGGGUCUCUAAAAUGUGGAAACUCCUCUAUCUUAGAAAUGCUUCCCCUUGGUCUUGAAAAAAAGCUGGGGUCAUCAGCCUAGCUGUCUCACACACCACAUGGUUUAGGGAUAAACCGUGGCAACUCUUGGUUGAGAACCUGGCCAGGUGGUCACCACAUAGAACAAGCCCCCUUCUCUUUCCAGUCACAAUGUAGAUGGCUUUAAUCAUAGAAGGAUAUGAAACACUUUGGACAGUAUUUUGUUUUGCUUUGAUUCGGGGGAUUGUUUUGGUGGUUGUUUUGGGGGGAAAACAGUUUAUAAACUGAUUUUUGUAGUUUUGGUAUUUAAAGCAAAAAAAUAUAUAUAUCUCACACACACACACACACACAAACCUUUUGGUAACUGCACUGCAUCCUUUAGACAGGGCAGUGCUGACUUAUGAAGACGCUGCAGCUUGCAAGGGGUUCUGCUGAGGGCUGCCCCUGGGCCAUGAACAAGCCCACUUCAUUGCCUGCUUUGUGCUUUCUGCACCCGACAGCCUGAUGGCACAUUUGCACCUGAGUUGUACAUUUUUGAGGUGUGUAGGGCCUCCUACACACACCACUUAGAUCCUGUGUAUAGUUUU